CCCCCACCCUUCAACCCUUCUCUCCCCUUGCCCCGAGGCAGGACUCUCUUUCUGUCUCUCUCCUGAUUGGGGGGCGGGUCUGGCUCAUUCCCACGCCCCCCCAAGAUCCCCGUCUUUGUGCGCAAUUGGGGCGGGGGGAGAGAGAAAGUCCGGGCCCCGAGGAGCCGCCGGAGGCGGUGGGCGCUAACAAAGGGAAAAGAGGGGGACUGUGUGCUCGCCUCUCUCUCUCUGUGUCUGUGUCUGUGUGUGUCUGUGUGUACUGGGGGAGGGGGCAUAAGGGGAGGGGACAGAGGGGUGUCGAAGGCCGGCGAGGAUCCGCAGGCCGGGCAGCAGCCUCCGGGUCCGGCCCCGGGUCCGUCCUCCCGGCCCGGGCCAUGUUGUCACCGCGCCAGCCUCCGCUCCAGCCUCUGCUCCAGCCUCCGCGCCAGCCCGGCUCCCGCCCAACGAGAGGCUCAGGGCUCGGUCACUCGGUCCAGCAGGACGGCAGGCCGGCCGCCCGCUCCGCCAGGGACUGACAAGAAGCUGCAGAGCCGGCCUGAGGUGUGAUAAAAGUGGGACAGAAAUAAAAAUGGCAAGGAGAGGCUGAGAUCAGUUCAUUCAUCAGCAGAGAUCAGCUUCAAGGUGGUGGUUCUUGAUCUUUGCUAGAAAAAUGUAUGUCAGACUUGAAUGCAAGCGAAGAGACUUUCCUGAUGACGGAAAACAUUUUGCAAGUACCUGAAGAUGAAGACUAGCUGCAGCAAGCACUUAGUACAGUGCUUUGCACACAGAAUAAUUUCCUGUCCUGGGUUGAGGAGCGCAAUUUGAUGCACCCUACAUUAUGGUUCAUAUCAACCUGCUGAAAAAAUUGAUGUAUGUCCUCUUGGCUUUUCUUCUGUUCCUGACUAUUUGUUUGUGGAAGGAAACAAGAAAAGGCUAUUAUGUCUCUUUCAAGUCGGAGACGAGAAGUUUUCAGUUGCCUAGGACACUGGAGAAGUGGGGCGGUGAGCUGAAUCCGGAUCCAGGCCCCAAGGGAAGGAUACAGGAUCCAGUCCAAGAGGCCCAGCCCACCACCGCGCCGGGAGACAAAGCCAAGCCCAAGAAAGCCCUGAGCUCCCUCAAAGUCUGGAACGAAGACAAUUCUUCCAAGAAUCUCAUCCCGAGGCUGCAGAAGGUUAGGAAAAAUUACCUGAAUAUGAACAAGUAUAACGUGACAUAUACGGGGAAACGGCAAACCACGAAGCUCAGUGCUGGGGAGCUUCUCUGUCAGCUUCGGGACCGAGUGAAUGUGACCAUGAUUCGAGAGACCGAUGUCCCCUUCAAUACCUCCGAAUGGAAGACCUACCUACCGGAGGACGAGAUCAGUGGGAAAAUGGGGCAUUUGGGGAGAUGUGCUGUGGUGUCAUCUGCUGGGUCCAUGAAGUCAUCACAUCUAGGCCCAGAGAUAGACAGCCACGAUGCCGUCCUGAGAUUUAAUGGUGCUCCUACAGAAGGAUUUCAGAAUGAUGUAGGAGAGAAAACAACAGUCCGCCUCAUUAAUUCCCAGCUAGUAACUGUGGAAGAGCAGCACUUUCUUAAAGGAAGUUUAUAUAAUAACGGGAUCCUAAUUGUGUGGGAUCCAUCCCCCUACCAUUCAGAAAUUCCUGAGUGGUACAAAAAACCCGACUACAACUUCUUUGCAAACUACAAGCAGCAUCGCAAACAGCACCCUGAUCAGCCCUUUUACAUCCUGAAUCCUAAAAUGCCAUGGGAACUCUGGGAUAUCCUUCAGGAAAAUUCCCCAGAAGAUAUUCAGCCAAACCCUCCAUCAUCUGGAAUGCUUGGUAUUGUAAUCAUGAUGAACUUUUGUGACCAAGUGGAUGUGUACGAAUUUCUCCCUUCCAAACGGCAGACGGAUAUUUGCCAUUAUUAUCAGCGAUUUCACGAUAGUGCCUGUACUAUGGGCGCCUACCACCCGCUGUUAUUCGAGAAAAAUCUAGUGAAGCACAUCAACCAAGGAGAUGAUGAGGAUAUUUACAACUACGGAAAAGUCACUCUCCCCGGCCUCAGGAACAUCAAAUGUUAGUGCCCAACCUUGGUGGCACUUCCAGAAAUCUCCUGAUUUGCCAAGCAAAAGAGGGGCUUUGCCCAAGUGGCCACCUCUGAGAACUGACUUUCUCUGAAAGUAAACUCCUCUCAGAAACAUUUGAGUUAGAAUCGGCCAUUUGGAUCUUAGUUGUCAGGGACGAUAAAGUCUUAUAUACUGCUGUUCUAGUGUCCACUUUCAGAUUGAAAUCAUCAGAAUUGCCCAGAUGUGUCCUAAAACGUAGCACAAUGACAACAUUCUCGGAUAUAAAAAACAAAGUGGCUAUGAGCUGGAAAAGCAUACACACACACACACACACACACACACAAACCUGCCCCCGUCCUUCUCCCUCAUUUCUACACAUGCCUUCAUAACCACACAACUGUUCCUUUAUAACGCCAAACCCAUAUUGUUGGAUAAGACAAGGGAAGAAACAUAAUGCACCCAGUUUUCUUAUAAUGCGAGGGUUGCUUUCUUGUAUGGGCCGCUGCAUUAAGAAACACUCGUACUGUCAAACUUCCUCAUUUUACCACUUUACACUGUUUUCUUCAGUUGGGCUUAUGUCAUCAGAAGAUAGCAUCCUAAUUCACAAACAGUGUUCUAAAUAAAAUGUAUAAUGAAA